GGAUUGAGUUGUCGAAGGAGAGGGGGGAUGUUAUUCUGCUUUUUACUCUAUGAGACGAGAGCAAAUGGGAGGAGUGAGUGAUUAACACUUGUUUGUAUGGAAGAUGCGUUGAUCUAGAGAUGGAAAGCGAGGCACCCUUUUUUGUGCGGCGGAGAUUGAUGCGAAUUGCCCCUUUGCGCGGGAAAGGAGUGCUCGGUUGCCUAUGUGUUCCCAAGCCGCGUCUAUGCUGUCUUUUUGAUUAUUCAGAUUAUUCACUGGAUUGCUGACUCUUCAGCGACAAAUACGAAAAUCCAGACAGACAUUGUCUAUCCGCAUCGGGCAGCGUCUUAAGUUGAUCUAUUUGUAUGCAGCACACCGUGCAGACGUCAUCCACAACGCACCCAGGUCAGCUUUGGUAUAUGUUUUUCUUCCUUUUUUCAAAUUGGUGUACUAUCACCUACGUUUUGUUUCUUUCUCCGUUACAACUAUACAUAUCUACAAUAACUGCUCAACUAUGGAAUAUACAGAUGUUGUGAGAACGCACCCUCCAACCGUGCAAUCGGAUCGGUAGCUUAUAUUGCUAUUCAAUAGAUGAAGACCAUUUUUACAUUCAAUAUUGGGUUAUCAUAUAGACAACAAUUGGCUCAUUUUUUAAAAGGUGAAUAGACAUUUCAGGAUAAGUUUUCCGUAUUGCAUGCGCAACUUGGCAAAAAUGUCUGCGUAAACCUCGUGUUCUUGUGCUGCACCAUGGCGGUAUACCCUUCGUCCGAGUGCGAUAAUCACCCACUAAACCGCGUGUUUGUUUAUUAGGACAACUGGCGACUCUCGCGCAAACACAUACACUCUCUCACACACACACACACACACACACACACACACACACACACACACACACACACACACACACACACACACACACACACACACACACACACACACACACAAAAACACUACCGUCCGUGUCCGCCCCUGUCCAGCGUGCUGACUUCUGAUCCCAGACGCGUUCUUCAGGACAAGAAAAGUAGAGAACGGAAAAAAGCAAGAGACGAGAUCAGCUUGUUGGAAGAUGAGAUUGGACAUUUACGAGGAAAUGGAAGUGAAGAUGCCUCCUAACGGAAUGAAAACCAAUUCAAAUAUAUAACGGAUGAGCUAUGUCUCGUUCGAGGUGAGUUUUUGCCACCUCCAUGUAUUUUUUUCAACCAAACAUCUGACGAAAACAUGGAUUGAAAUAUUUUUAUGAUGCUAAUAAAGCGUUUUUUAUUCUGCUCACAAACAUUAUAUCAUAGCGAAAUGUUUCAUACAUAAGCACUACAAUGUAGUGUCUGGACGAUCGAAAGUGAUAUUUUACCUGAUUCUACACCACGGACCGGACCGCCUAACAGCCACAAUGGGACUGUGACCCCAGCUGUGAGCGACUAAAGGCGGUUAUUUAUGUGGUCUGUGCUCCGUGUACGGACGGAGUACGGACCAGACCUGACCAACAGUGAGAAACUGAGCCAUGGCAGCCGCUAUCGCGAGCGGUCUGAUUCGAAAGAAGAGGGAGGCACGCGAGCAGCAUGUUGACCGACCACCCCAGAACAGGCGAAGGAAGAGCCCCAGUAAGAAUAAGGGGCUCUGCAAUGGCAACCUGGUCGACAUCUUCUCCAAAGUGCGUAUCUUCGGGUUGAAGAAGAGGAGACUACGGAGACAAGAUCCCCAGCUCAAGGGUAUAGUGACCAGGUUAUUUUGCAGGCAGGGAUACUACUUGCAAAUGAACCCAGAUGGCUCUCUUGAUGGGACCAAGGAUGACAGCAGUAACUCCUCUUUGUUCAACCUCAUUCCUGUGGGUCUCCGAGUUGUUGCAAUUCAGUCCGUGAAGACAGGGUUAUACAUCGCCAUGAAUGGGGAGGGCCAUCUGUACACAUCAGAACUCUUUACAGCGGAAUGUAAGUUCAAAGAGUCUGUCUUUGAGAACUACUAUGUGAUCUACUCGUCGAUGCUCUACAGGCAACAGGAGUCGGGGAGGGCUUGGUUCCUGGGGCUCAACAAAGAGGGCCAAGCCAUGAAAGGGAAUCGGGUGAAGAAAACAAAACCAGCUGCUCACUUCCUGCCCAAGCCAUUAGAAGUUGCUAUGUACAGAGAGCCAUCGUUGCAUGACGUAGGAGAGACCAAAGCGCCCAAAGCCGGCGCUCUCCCUCCCAGUAAAAGCACAACGGAUCCCCCGGUAAUGAAUGGAGGCAAACCAGUCAGCAAGCCUACGACUACUACUUCUACGACGACUUCUGCUAAGCCCCCCACAUAGCCCCAGCUCACCUGAUGUGUGUGCAUGUGAGGGGGUGUGUGUACGGAGAAGUGGGACGGGGGGAGGGGGCGCACAAUGGAGGCAGUGAUGAUCCCUGCCGGACUCGAAAACCUGCACCCCUUUUCCAUCAAAUCUCUCCUCUACUCUCUCUCUCUCUCUUUAGUUUAUUAACCGUGGAUCAGUCCAGAUCCACAGCACCUACCACCCGCACCCACAAACGCACACAUACACACACUCACACACACACUGAAAAAGGAAUGAAGACUGACUCUGACCAUGGAAUGCCUGACAAGAUAACGGAAUGCCUUUAGAAUCCUCUCAGUAAUUGUGAGAACUCAUGAGAAAGAUGUGCUUCACAGCCACGUGUGGCACCUUGCUUUGCAGACGGAAACCCAAGACUGCCCCCUCUACUUAAAUGCCCUGUUGCAGCAGAGUCUGUGCAAGUGAAAUCUAUUUUCUACACUGCAGUUCACCAGCUAUGUUCUGGGGUAAAUACUGUACAGAUAUAGGUUACAAAAAAGUGGACUCUCAUCCUCUAUUUUUUACAUGUUCCUGUCUCUUUCUAUCUCUAUCUCUACUUUCACACUUUUCUCUUUGUCUAGAAAACGUAGAAAACAAUACUGAUUUGCAGGGGCAGCGUGCAUUUUUGUAAUACAAACAUAAAUGCCGCAAAUCAACACACACAUAUACAGACACACACACACCUAGAUGUUCAAAAUGACAACACAACUCAAACACACACAAUGUCAGCAGUGUUUAGGCAACACUUCAGAUGCAAACACAGAUGUGAAUCCACAAACACACACACACGCACAACGUUUAUGACCAGGGGAGAGACAGAGUCUCAGGCUGCGUGUUGCUUUAUUUGUGGCUCGAUAAGGAAUCACUGGAUGCUGGCGCCUAGCUCCUGCAAUCAUAGCUGAUGAAAUGCUAAUUAACCCCACUGCAAUCAAUGCAAGGAGUCCACACACAGAUGGUAGGGCGCUUUAAGAAGUGGUGUAUACAUAUCACUAUCCGAUCCCACCAGCGGUGAGCUCCGCCUCAUCUGGUCGUUGAAUAGGAACCUGAAAUCUAUUUUUCUUUAAGUCUUAUUUCAGAGCAUAAGCUCUGGGAAUAUCUACUGGCCUUGUAGGCCUCUUGUCCCUUAUUUGCUGACAUCUCUGAAACAUCGGGCUAGGCUACAUGCUCGGACCUAAAAGCCCUACAAGCAGCAGCCAUUUUUACAUACAAGUCUACUCAAUGCUUCGGAGUGGAAUGUGGCCAAAUGUGAGUAGAUGUCACUGAUAUUGGCUGCAUCCCCAUUUUGUUCAGCAAACUAAAGCAUGGGCAAGGUUAGCAUUGUGUUCCCUUUUUUUCCUUGCAGCAGCUCAAGAGAUGGCUUAUAUUAUAACGUUUUCAUGAUAUAUAAAAUGUAAAAGAAAAAAAUAUUUUAAAGAAAAGUAUGAUUUAUUAAAUAUUGAGCUAUUAAGAGUGGAUUUUUUCCUAGCUCAGCAUGAAGAGUCCAGUAUCGCUCAUCUUGGCCUAUCAGGUGGCAUGCAAAAAAACAUACUGUAUAUGCAGUCAUGGCUUGGCCGAUGGUGCCUCAUCCACCAAUCACAUCCAGUGGAAACCUAGUAGCAUAUUCACUCAAUAACCUUCAAAUAGCACAGAUAAUGUUUGACUUCUUGAAAGUAUCCAAGAAAUCGGAGAGUCUUACUCUACUGCAGCAAUUACUUCAUAGAUAGUCGAUACUAGUUGGAUUCUAAUUUGCUUUAUUUGGGAUUUACAAUUUAUUCUUUGGACUGUGAUUUAUCAUAUUGUAUAAUUUCUACAGAAAAUUAUCCUGUUGACGCAUUGAUUAUUGGUUCACCUUCUCACUGAACAUCUAAAACAGCGGUUCUCUGCAGGCCUCGGGAGCUGGAAUAGUGCUGGUUUUCAUUCUAGCCCUCUAAUCAGGGAAUGACUUAGACCUGGGACACCAGGUGAAUGCCUUUAACUACCAGGUAGAAUAGAAAACUGGCAAUACUCUGUGUCCCCCGUGCUUUGAAUAGAGAACACCAUGCUCGAAAGGUCUUGCUUGAUUACAUUUUGGAUCUUGUGUUCACAAGGUUUUGGUAUGUCUGAAAAUUAUUUCCAUGCAUGUCUAUUUUCCACAACAGACUAUGACAUAGUGGAAAGGUACUGUUGGAAGUUGGAACUUAUUUGGGACUGAGAUAAGCAUGUUGUUAGACAUUCACUUAGAUCCACUGGAGAUUCACAUCACUUUUCACAUCAAAUCAUGAUUAUUAGCAAUUUAUUAACCUUUAGCUUAAUCUAUCAACUGAUUGGAUAUCCCGCUUGAUUCAACAGUUUUCAUUUUAGAUAGAUUAGAUUUAGAAUGUUAAUAAGUAGACGAAAGCUGUUUGCUGCUAGAAUUGCAAAUAUAUUCAGAUUUUAAGAGUUUGUUGGGAUUUCCAGCUACUAGUUUCUAGGGGAUGAUAAAGAGCAUUAUUAGUCUCAAAAGCACUUGUCUCUACAAAGUUACAUUAAGGCCCAGAAUCAAUCUGAAAGCGGGUUAUAGGCAUAGUGGUUUUUAAAGGCAAUUUCCAAAUGAGCUGCCAACAGCUGCAGUUACAGACAAUAAUAUCUGCAAAUAUUCUCUUUAAAAGCUGCAAUGCCUAUAACUCUGGGUCUCAUUGAAUCCAUAUUAAUGCCAUACUAUACACAGAGGAGCUGAGAUCCUUUUAAUUCUAUUUAGGUUUGGUGUACCUUCCAUAUUGCAGCCAGGCGAAAUCCUAAAUAGCACAUUAUAACGUACAUACAGUAGUGCCCUACAUUUGACCGCAGCUUUAUCGGCCCUGGUCAAAAUUUGUGCACAAUAUAUACGAAAUAAGGCGCUAUUUGGGUUGCAGAUCUAGUCAUGUCCCACAUCAUUAUGAACUCUACAUGCUGGGCUACCCAAGCCCCUGCAGACCAGUCGACUGGUUCUUUGAAAGCUGAACUUUAUUUUUCUAUACAACUGAUGUAAAUGUGCAUCAGUUUUACCUCUCUAGAUGCCAUCUUUUUUGUUUUGUUUUUUUGUUCCUACUGUAUACGGGUCGUGCGUGAUGUUGUUUUCCUGAUCCUUUGAGAAACAUUUCUAAUUUAAAUAUUAUUUCCCCUUCUCUUUCUCUCUCAAUGAAUUUGUCAAAAUGUAGUUGAAUGAGGGACUCUUUGUUCCAUGCACUUUAGUUAAAUUUUUUAACCACUAUGUUUCAUUGUCUCAUCUGUUGCAUGGGGAGAGUAGGGCAUUGAUGAACUGCAUGUGGUAGGCUAUUUGUAUCAAGAACUGUUGGUAUGUACCGCUAAUUUUACAUACAUAUAUGCAAUGAGUUUGUCUGCACUGUACAGUUUGUGUUUGUUGUAUACGCAUACAACAUAUUGAAUAAAAAUAUUUAUAUGAAGGUGUGACUGUAAUGUCAGUAACAUUAAUGCAAUAGACUGUGCAAUAUAUUAUUGCACCUUUCAUGUUGACGGGCUAAAUGAAACGAGCGGUUGGCUGGCUAGUACUAAAAAGCAUGAAAAGGCCAAAGUAGAAUUAUUUAUACGAAAUGUUUUCUUUAAUUACUUCCUACCAAUCCUGUUUUCGGGAGGUUGGGCACUCAAGUAAUGCAACUCACAUCCCCAGAAACAAGAUUCUGAAGUAUCAUAAAUACAAAGCAUGCCACGAUAGACAUAUAUGCAUUUUUAUUUGUUUUCGUCCCUGACAUUUUAAGUUUAGAAAAACCUGAUGUUCACGAGUGAUCAGGAAUUGCCAUACUUUAACCUUUGAUAGAUGCUGAUUGUUUCAGCGAAGAGAAGACACUAUUACAACUAUUUAUGUUAAAUUAUAUUCCAUUGCAAGUAUGUCCCUCAGAGAUAUGUCAUGUUAUAAUACAUUUAUACCCACACACAUAUGAUUAUGAUAUCUGCAUUGUUUUCCAUGGAAAAAACUUGUGUAAUACAUGGCACAUUCAAUGUUUUAUUAUUGAAAAAUUAAAAAUAAACACUCAAACAAUAUACUUCUGACUUGAGUGCAGAGUGUAAUUUAAGUCCAACUUGUGAUCAAUCCCAAAACCACAGGCAAGAAUAUAUUUUUAUUAACUCAUCAGCUUGCACACGUUAUAAACAUUAUCACCAUCACACUCAUAGACAAACUGACAAUUGAAAAAAUAUAUAUAAUAAACCAUUUCUCCUUUCUUUUUAAUGUUUGUCUUGUGUUUAUGUAUGUGCAUCAUCUUAUGUCUAGCUUCCUGGAAUAUGUAAGCAUUCCUAUAUUAAAAUGUUCAUACAUAUAGUUAUAUUGGAAAUAUAAAGGAUUACAUGGUCAUAUCUUCUAAAGGAAAGAAAAAACAUGUUUUUUUUUUGUUUCCGCAGAUGUUUUUUUUUGUCUUGCAUAACAAAAUAAAAUAGUUUUAAUAAAGAUAACUUGUAACCAGUACAAUGAAUGUCGUUAUACAAGUGAUAAACAGAAAUCUGAAUGAAGAAUUACAUCCCAGUUUGGUUGGCCUCUCUUUUCUUUUCCUCUCCGUCACUCUUCGUCUCCAUAUCUCUCCUCCAUUUGAUUUUCCCUGCGGCCCUUUCUGACAGCGCAGUCUCUUUGCUAAAAUGUUCUGUAGUGUUAGUAUUCCGUUCCCUCCCAGAUCUCACAGGCAUUCCCCGUCCAGCCAUUCCAACAGUCACAGUUGCCACAGUUGCACACCCCAUUUCCUGCAAUGAGGUAAAAGGAGAAACUGAUUGAGUUUCCUGACUUGUCACAACGGCUUGACCUUUCUCAGUUUCCAGUCUUCCCAACCCUGUCCCCCUGAUGUAGCUCCAUGGUUGGCUAUGAAGCCAGAGAAGUGAAUCACACCCCAAUCCCUGAGAUAGAGCUACACAAUGGGGCUUCAAGUUUGGCUAAGGUCCUAAGUUGCUAUGGGAAUGCUCUAGAGUGGGAUUACAUUGUCAUUUAUGUUUCUUACAUUGUCAUUGAACUCUCAACUCUAUCUACACUUUCCUUCUCAAUAAAGAAUAAACAAUGCAAAUAUAUCACUCUUAAGUAAUUACUUAAGACAAAAGUAAUGAUGUAUGAUAAUGUAAUGGUCAUUACUAGAUUUUUGUAUGUAGCAUGGCGUAACUUGGGUUUAAUUCUGAGGGUUUUCUUGAGUUAACAAGCGAACCCAGGGGUAAUAUUUUGGACCAAGUUUGGUUCCGGAAGGCCAGGACCAACUCUAACCAAAUAUGAGGCUUUAGGCAAAAACAUUUAAGUCAAUACUGUCAUGGAGUUCAAAUGUUCCAGUUUAAAAAUAAAGGUUAUUCCAUUUUGA